GAAGUGUAGCGGUUGGCGGUGCGUCGUACCGUUGACGCUGCAUGCGGAGCCUGAACGCGUCGCAUUCCGAUGUGAGAGCGAGAUGUGACCGCGGUGCGGACUUGUUCUUUUUUUCAUGUCUCCAAAACCGUCUUCAAGCUCAGUCUGAAGGACUACAAGGUCCAGCGUGAUGGAGCCGAACACUUGUCCUGACGGUUACCGGGCUUUGAGCGACUGUGAGCUUAGCGAGCUUUUACAAAACGACGACAAAAUGGAUCAAAUCAUUCGGCUCAAUGAGAAGUUUAAGGAGCUUCAGGUGGAGAGGGAAAUGCUGCAGACGUCCAAUCGGAGCCUGGCCGAGGACAGCCUGGCCCGACGACCCCGCCUCUGUAACGGCAAACUCCAACUGGCGGAGAAAUACCGGGAAUUGUCCAACCUGGCAACCACAUGCUGGGAAAAACAGAGUCAGCUCGAAGCUCAUGGCCAGAAGCACAGCCUGCAGACGGUGCAGAAUCUGCUGCAGGAAGAGGUGGCAAGAGCCGAGGAGCAUUCAGAGGAGCUGCUGGAGAAGUUCAUGGAGGGGAACGUAAGCCUGGAUGAGUUUCUGGACUCCUUCCAAAGCUCCAGGAAGACGUAUCAUAUCCGCCGGGCUCAAGCGGAGAAGAUGCAGGAGGUCGUGCAGUCCAAGCGGCAGCUGGUGAAAAUCAAACGGGCGGAGGAGAGUAAAGUCCCCGAGGUGAGGAAGGACUCGGAGCAGCCUCAGGAGCCGCAGAGGCACAACGGCUUUGUAGCGCAGGGGCCGCUGAGAGUGUUCCAGGUACGCUACGGCCUCACGCCGGCCAUCCUCCUCCCUCAUUACCCCGUUUCUCCUCCCGCUUCGGCGCCGUGUUUUCAAAGUAGUACCCCUCAGGCCGACUCUCAACCGGGACAGACCCACAUCCUCAGCCCCAGCACCCAGCUCCCGGGACACGGACAGCCGGUCGGCCUCAGGGUCAUCGGACAGUUGCCGGGCGGCUGGCCGGCUAACGGGCGGCCGGUGAGGGUGCAGCAGCUUUACAGGCCGAACCCUCAACAGCCUGAGCCGCCGUACCGAUAAACUCGAGGGAGGAGGAGGAGGAGGAGGAGGAGGAGGGAGAGGGAGGAUGAUGAAAAGCCGGCGUCGGUGUCAGAGGGCUUCCAAGACGUGGGAACCAAACUAGUGGCUGUCACAAUCAUGUAAGCAAAGACUGAUCCACAGACGGGCAGCGCUGCACAUGUUUUGUUUCUGUUCUCCAUCCAUGACACUCAAAAUGUAAGCAGAGCAGACGCACCUGAGAGCAGGUAGAGCAGGGAUGGGCUCCGAUAGCUGGAUCCUUUCAGCUCCAAAGCUAAUGACUCUCUUAUCAAAGCUGUUACGUAUCCUUAAUCUAGUUCAUUUCUAAUAACCAAAACUUAAAGAGGAAAGUGGCAUAUUUAUGUGAAGUGCUACCCGCCUUUACUGUGGCAGCGAUGAGGCUGACGUUCAGGUUAAUCCGGGACGACAGAUGAAGGUAGUCUGUGUUUAUGUGCAAGUUAUAAAUUAAACAUUAACACAAACACUUUUUACUUCCACUGGAAAUGUGUGGUUAAGUAAUUUAAACCCAUAAUACGGGGAGAGUAUAUCUAAGGGGAGUCGGGGGGGGGGGG